UAGCGGCAGAGGCAGUGACAGCGGGAGAAGCGGGAACUGCCAGGGUAGCAGGGCUGGAUUGGGGUGUUGAGUCCAGGCUGAGUCGGGGACAGGCCACUGUUCUUGGUCCCCGUGCCUGCUGGGCCAGGCGCCCUGCCUGGAACCCCGGGCAGGGUGGACAGGGCGAGGUGCCACUUUAGUCUGGCUGGGGAGGCAGACGAUGAGGAGCGAUGGGGCAGGCAUGCGGCCACUCCAUCCUCUGCAGGAGCCAGCAGUACCCGGCAGCGCGACCGGCUGAGCCCAGCCAUUCAAUGGAUUGCUGCCCAACCAAACAUGGCAGCCCUGCGGGGAGAGGGACAGAGCCAGUGACCACUUGGAGGGAAGCCUGUGGUCUUUCCUACCUCUGCCAGUGUCAGACGAAGACAUUUAGGAGGAGGGGCCUUGGGCUGGCCUUAAAAGGAAGAGUCACUUCUCCAGACAGAACUGAGAGAGAGCUCCAGGAAGAGGGAAUGCCACAUGCAAAGACCUUGAGGCGGGGCCAGCAGGUCUUCCUCAAGCCGGACGAGCCGCCGCCGCCGCCGCCGCAGCCAUGCGCCGACAGCCUGCAGGAUGCUUUGCUGAGCCUGGGCUCUGUCAUCGACAUUGCAGGCUUGCAACAGGCUGUCAAGGAGGCCCUGUCAGCUGUGCUUCCCAAAGUGGAGACAGUCUACACCUACCUGCUGGAUGGGGAAUCCCGGCUGGUGUGUGAGGAGCCCCACCAUGAACUGCCCCAGGAGGGGAAAGUGCGAGAGGCUGUGAUCUCGAGGAAGCGGCUGGGCUGCAAUGGACUGGGCCCCUCAGACCUGCCUGGGAAGCCCUUGGCAAGGCUGGUGGCUCCACUGGCUCCUGACACCCAAGUGCUGGUCAUACCGCUGGUGGACAAGGAGGCCGGGGCUGUGGCAGCUGUCAUCUUGGUGCACUGUGGUCAGCUGAGUGACCAUGAGGAGUGGAGCCUGCAAGCCGUGGAGAAGCAUACCCUGGUAGCCCUGAAAAGGGUGCAGGCCUUGCAGCAGCGCGAGUCCAGCGCGGCCCCGGAAGCGACCCAGAAUCCUCCGGAGGAGGCGGCGGGAGACCAGAAGGAUGGGGUCGCGUACACAGACCAAGACCGAAAGAUCUUGCAGCUUUGUGGGGAGCUCUACGACCUGGACGCCUCUUCCCUGCAGCUUAAAGUCCUCCAAUAUCUGCAGCAGGAGACCCAGGCAUCCCGCUGCUGCCUCCUACUUGUAUCCGAGGACAAUCUCCAGCUCUCCUGUAAGGUCAUUGGAGAUAAAGUACUGGAGGAAGAGAUCAGCUUUCCGUUGACCACAGGACGCCUGGGCCAAGUGGUGGAAGACAAGAAGUCUAUCCAGCUGAAAGAUCUCACCUCCGAGGAUGUGCAACAGCUGCAAAGCAUGUUGGGCUGUGAGGUUCAGGCCAUGCUGUGUGUCCCUGUCAUCAGCCGGGCCACUGACCAGGUUGUGGCCUUGGCCUGCGCCUUCAACAAGCUCGGAGGAGACUUAUUCACAGACCAGGACGAGCAUGUGAUCCAGCACUGCUUCCACUACACCAGCACGGUGCUCACCAGCACCCUGGCCUUCCAGAAGGAGCAGAAGCUCAAGUGUGAGUGCCAGGCUCUUCUCCAAGUGGCAAAGAACCUCUUCACUCACCUGGAUGAUGUCUCCGUGCUGCUCCAGGAGAUCAUCACAGAGGCUAGAAACCUCAGCAAUGCUGAGAUCUGCUCUGUGUUCCUGCUGGAUCAGAACGAGCUGGUAGCCAAGGUGUUCGAUGGGGGCGUGGUGGAAGAUGAGAGCUAUGAGAUCCGCAUCCCCGCUGACCAGGGCAUCGCGGGUCACGUGGCAACCACCGGCCAGAUCCUGAACAUCCCAGAUGCUUACGCACAUCCGCUUUUCUACCGAGGCGUGGAUGACAGCACUGGCUUCCGGACGCGCAACAUCCUCUGCUUCCCCAUCAAGAACGAGAACCAGGAGGUCAUCGGUGUGGCCGAGCUGGUGAACAAGAUCAACGGACCAUGGUUCAGCAAGUUUGAUGAGGACCUGGCUACAGCCUUCUCCAUCUACUGCGGCAUCAGCAUUGCGCAUUCCCUCCUAUACAAGAAAGUGAAUGAGGCGCAGUAUCGCAGCCACCUUGCCAAUGAGAUGAUGAUGUACCACAUGAAGGUCUCUGAUGAUGAAUACACCAAACUUCUCCACGACGGGAUCCAGCCUGUGGCUGCCAUUGACUCCAAUUUUGCCAGUUUCACCUACACUCCUCGCUCUCUUCCCGAGGAUGACACUUCCAUGGCCAUCUUGAGCAUGCUGCAGGACAUGAAUUUCAUCAAUAACUACAAAAUUGACUGUCCGACACUGGCCCGGUUCUGUUUGAUGGUGAAGAAGGGCUACCGGGAUCCCCCCUACCACAACUGGAUGCACGCCUUUUCUGUCUCCCACUUCUGCUACCUGCUCUACAAGAACCUGGAGCUCACCAACUACCUCGAGGACAUGGAGAUCUUUGCCUUGUUUAUUUCCUGCAUGUGUCACGACCUGGAUCACAGAGGCACAAACAACUCCUUCCAGGUGGCCUCGAAAUCUGUGCUGGCCGCACUCUACAGCUCGGAAGGCUCUGUCAUGGAGAGGCACCACUUCGCUCAGGCCAUUGCCAUCCUCAACACCCACGGCUGCAACAUCUUUGACCAUUUCUCCCGGAAGGACUAUCAGCGCAUGCUGGACCUGAUGCGGGACAUCAUCUUGGCCACAGACCUGGCCCACCACCUCCGCAUCUUCAAAGACCUCCAAAAGAUGGCCGAAGUGGGCUAUGAUCGAACCAACAAGCAGCACCACAGUCUCCUUCUCUGCCUCCUUAUGACCUCCUGUGACCUCUCCGACCAGACCAAGGGCUGGAAGACCACAAGGAAGAUUGCGGAGCUGAUCUACAAAGAGUUCUUCUCCCAGGGAGACUUGGAGAAGGCCAUGGGCAACAGGCCGAUGGAGAUGAUGGACCGUGAGAAGGCCUACAUCCCCGAGCUGCAGAUCAGCUUCAUGGAGCACAUCGCAAUGCCCAUCUACAAGCUGCUGCAAGACCUAUUCCCCAAGGCGGCAGAGUUGUACGAACGCGUGGCCUCUAAUCGUGAGCACUGGACCAAGGUGUCACACAAGUUCACCAUCCGAGGCCUCCCGAGCAACAACUCACUGGACUUCCUGGAUGAGGAGUAUGAGGUGCCUGACCUGGGUGGCGCUAGGGCUCCUAUCAAUGGCUGUUGCAGCCUUGAUGCCGAAUGAGUCCCUCCUGGGACCCCUCCCUGCCCAGGCCUCCUCCCACAACCCUCCACGGGCCUGGCCACACGCCCUGGGACCAGAGCCAGGGGUCCUGGAUUCUAGGCCAGGACUUCCCACGUGACCCCGGGCGAGGUCUGACCUUCCCGGGCCUCAGCUUUCUCGUCUGUAUAAUGGAAGACUUCCAGCCUCACUGAGACUUUGUCAUUUGUCCUCUGAGAGCACAGGGGUAACCAGUGAGCAGUGGGCCCUGCUCUGCACCUCUGACCGCACCUUGGCAAGUCCCCCCUCGCCCCCCCGCCAGGCUACUCCUUCUCUGAGGCAGCCGGAUGGUUUCUUCUGGGCCCCAUUCCUGCCCUACCAGAUCUGUGCCCUUUCCUCUGGGGCACCCUCACUGCCUCCCAGGAUCCUCAGGCAAGAACGUGAGACAUCUGAAUGGGCAAAGGGUGGGUCUUAGAGACAUUUAUCAUCCUGGCUGGAGGACUAGAAAUAACCAUGGGGCCACCUGUGGCCCUGAGGACUGCCUUCGUACUUGUGGUGGGGACCAGGACCUGGGGAGAUAGGGGUCCCAGGAGGAAGCUGCCAGGGGGCCAGCACAGUGCUCUGGGGAGAGGGGGCUCAGGAAGAGAGCAGGAUAAGAACAGCGAGAAGGAAGGAUCCCUGGGCUGGGAGGCAGGCCGAGCAUGGGUCAGCCAUGCUUCCUCCUGGCUGUGUGACCCUGGGCAAGUCCCUUCCCCUCUCUGUGAAACAGGAGGGUGAGACAAUCCAUCCUCUAAGACCCCUUUUAGAUCCAAGUCCCCAUAGUUCUGUGGAGUCCCAGGAGAGGCCACCGAGGGUCCCUGGCCCCCUUGGGCACAGAGCUAACACUGAGUCCCUCAGUGGCCCCCUGAGUAUACCCCCUUAGCCGGAGCCCCUUCCCUGAUCCUGCAGCCAGAGGGGGACCUGGCCUCAGCCUGGCAGGGCCUCUCUCCUCUUCAAGGCCAUAUCCACCCGUGCCCCAGGGCUUGGGAGACCCCCUAGGGCCGGGCCUCUGGGGUCAUCCUAGCCACUGGCUUCUCCUUUCUCUGUUUUGUUCUGUAUGUGUUGUGGGAUGGGGGGAGGGGGGCCACCUGCCUUACCUAUUCUGAGUUGCCUUUAGAGAGAUGCGUUUUUUCUAGGACUCUGUGCAACUGUUGUAUAUGGUCCCGUGGGCUGACCGCUUUGUACAUGAGAAUAAAUCUAUUUCUUUCUACCAA